CCACACUCAAUAUGGCGGAAUGGUGACGCCAAAACCAACCUUUACGUCAAAGACGGUCAAAGUUCAUUUGUAUUUUCCCGGGAAAACGUUCUGUAGUUCUAAUCCACGUGACAGCGAGUACUAUAUAUUUAAAGAUCUCUUGCUCCGCAUGUAUAUUAGAGCCAUGGAGAAGAUAACCGAGAAGAUACUACUGGAGAAGAGCUCCCCAAAGACAAACAAAUUGGAACAGAUCAAGAUCCUCAAUCUCUCACGUAUGGGUCUGAAGGGCGAGGAUCUGCCUGUGCCUCUGCUAUCUAAACUGUGUAGUCUGGAGCAGUUGGAUUUGUCUGGGAACAUGUUGCAGGAGAUUCCCAAAGGCCUCUGUCUGCCCUCCCUGAAGAUCCUUAACUGCUCAAACAAUGAAAUGGAGGAUGUAGUGUCACUGGAAGCCCAGAGAAACGUAGAGGAACUUCGACUAGAGGACAACCUCUACCUCACAGUCAAUGAUGAACACAAAGUGAUCUUCCUGUUACCUAAACUGAGGAUGUUCAAUGGGAAGGAUAUCAGCUCUACGGCCCAUCAUAUUCGCCAUGGCAGCACCGAGAUCCUCAGGAAGAGGGUGAUUGGUGUGUGGGAACGAAGCUUCAGUCUCCCCGAUCCCAUUACAGCACAAAGUCUGGCUGCUGUAGAGAAGCGAUUUGUUCAUGCUGCCUGCACCCAAAUCAAAUAUGGUCCAAAUUCCUUGAGUGAAUACACAAAGUGGAGGGUUGAAAUGAUUGCAAAGGAAUAUUUGAAGUCGCUGACAUGCAGUGAUGGAGGCAAAAUCACAUAUACGACUCCAACAAAGGAAAAUGAGACUCCUGCAGAGAGAAGACCUCGUGAUCUUGGUGGUAACAGUGUCACAAGUCCUCAGAAAAGAACCAGAAACAACUCCGAGGUGGCCGCAGAGGCCAGUCCACGAAAGUCAAGUCGCCUGGCGAGUGCAGCUCCAGUUGAGGCUAGUCCACGAAAAUCCACACGAGUGACGAGCACUCCACUGAAAACUGACCCUAUAAUGUCCAGCCCCAGAAAGCACGCCAGAAUGACCAAUGUAGGCACCCCAGAGGGUAGUCCAAGGAAUUCAAGCCGCCUGGAAAAUAUUUCUCAGAAAGGUGCUAGCAAAACUGAAAGCCCCAGAAAGGCAGCAAAGCCAGUCAUCUCUACGCCCACAUCAAGACCGGCUAAAGGUGAGAGCCCGAGGAAAACAGCUAAAGAUCAGACCACGGCUCAACAGAGCAAACCGAAAACUGCCAAAACCGAAAACAACACGCCUCGGAAAACUGCCAGUGCCAAACUCAAAGUUCCUCAGGAGCCGGUGAGUCUGCAGCCGUUGCAUGUCUUGCAGUGUCACAGUCGACAGGACAGUCCUGACGACUUCAGCACUCAGCUUUGGGCCUGUGCCUUUGAGCCCCCACAGGAAUGCAGUGGUGGUGGUAUCAGUGGUGGGUCUCGGACAGUUGCCACAUGUGGAGGGGAAACUUUGUGUGUGAUUGAGUGCGAGUCAGGACACGUGCUGAAGAAAUACAAGGUUCCUGGUGAGGAGUUCUUCUCAUUAGCAUGGUCCACGGUGCUGAUGUCCAGGACAGGUGGCUCUGCCCGUCCCUGCAAUAUCCUGGCAGCUGGGGGUAAGAGGGGUCUGGUGAAGCUUAUCCAUCCCCGAGUCAACCUGGCAUUUGGAGAGUUUCGUGCCAGUCGACGUGCCAUUUCCAUUAUGCGCUUCAGUCCACGCAACGCUAGCUUUCUCUUCACUGGGACAUAUGAAAAUAAGAUCUUUUUAUGGGAUAUUGGUGGACUGGAUCGUGAUUACAACUUCAAAAUCAGUAAGCUGCUAGUCCUGGAGACUUGCUCCACUCCUCUGCAUCUCUCUCUGCUCCCCACGUCUCCAGACACGCACCUCCUCUCGGGCUGUGAUGACGGGCUGUAUAUCUUUGACAUCCAGCUCAGCAAAAACACACAGAAAAGAAAUGAGGAGAUGGAGAUUGUGUUUCCAGUUUACAAGAAAAAGGACAAGAAAAACACCUACCGAACUAUUGACGGACUGAGCUUCCUCUCAGAUGAUAUAGUGGCAUCCAAGAGCCACAUGCAGGGCUCAAUCUACCUGUGGAGCUGGAGGGCCACACGGGCUUCUUGGAAUGGCAGAAAGAAAGAGGUGCCAGCUGUUGUGCUGGCUGAGCUGCAGUGGUCCAGCACGGACGUCCCAUACCUGUCUCUAGGCACCUGUCCAGGAUAUGGUUAUGUGGUAUGUGGGGAUGAGCAAGGCAGGCUAUGGAUGUACCAUAUCACAGACACCAUGAUGGAAAACUUCAAGAGUGGAAAAACAAUCUCCGCUACUGAGGUGCUGGAGUGGCCAUCACCGGUUAGAGCUGGAAUGGGUGCAUUAGAGGGGCCAUCUAUUAACGGCAUUGCCAUGGAUCCUGAUCUACAUUACUUGGUUGCCCUUACUGACAAGAACAUGGCUGUGGUUUGGAAGAGAGAGAGUCGAUGAGCACAAAGAAAUGUUCAGUUGCUGGCAGUAGUUCUCCUCAUUACUUUUGCAUUUCUAGACUGAAUUUGAAUUGAGAUCAUGGUUCUGUGAGGAGAGACGUUAAAAAGGAAAUCAAUCGGCGAACUUCACCUAUUUUAAAGACUUAUUGUCUCAAAGAGACAGAGGAAAACUAAUGUAGUUCCUAUUACACUUUGACUAGUUUUAG